GGUUCAGAAGCAACAUUUUUCGCAAAAUCUCAUCCAACCUCAUUUCCAGUUGGAUGAAUCAGUCGGAUUCAUAUUUUCACAAAAUUUGGCAAGGAUGGAUUUGGCCAUCCUUAAAGUACUGGCCGUCAUAGUUUGUGUUAUAUCAACGGUGGUAAAUUGUGCAGUGGUUGUGACUGUUUUUCAAGCUAGAAAGCAAAGGUUGCUAAUAUUUUGUAGCGUUGAAUUUAGUGCAAAUUUGCCAUCUAAUUUUUUAAAAUUUUUAUUGCAGAGCCAUCAACAUUCUAAUCGCUAAUUGGUCUCUGCUCACCUGUUUCACCUCAUUAUUUUCCCUGUUUGCUUUAGGAAAUGGGGAAAGAUUGGUUCAAAAUGUAUGGACGUGCCCCAUAAUCUCAUUUUUGCGAAAUUGGAUGGUGAACAUGUACCCGCUUCAUGUUUUAGCCAUUAUUUAUGAAGCAUGUUCCCAACUCAAGCCACGAUUUGGAAACCUGCUCAUUUUGAGGACGAUAUGCUUAUCCUGGAUUUUGCCUGGCGUUGGAUCAAUGUAUUCCUUGCUGGGGACAACUUUCUCCGCGAGGAUAAGUGUGUAAAGGUCCCCAUUUUUGGAAAUGUUGGGUUGGGAAUAAUUUUGGAAAUUUUGAGAGCUCUAUUUUUCCAUUUAGGAUCACCCGCAUGCAUGACGUAUCUUUUGUACAAAUCUCGUGGGAAACUAAAGUACCUGAAAACAUUGAAGGUCUCAAAAAAUCCCAUAACUCUGGAAAAACUUAAACGCGUCCGCUUUAUUCUGUCCUACUCAAUGUUUUUCAUCAUAUUUUGGGUCCCUUUCGGACUUCUGUUCACAUUUUACCGAAUUUUUGAAGCAUUUAGGAAAAGUUCAGCUUCCGGAGAACAAAAUCAAGAUCUCAAAAAAUCCACCAGUGAUUCCUUAUCUCUCAUCACGAUCGGAUUGUACACGGGCAUCGCCUGUUUCUACAUUUACAUCGUGUUCAGCCCUGUCAUCGUGCUGUGGACGGGUGAUGGAAGGUUGCGACAGCAAUUUGUCAAUCUUCUGAGGAGGGGAGCUUGCGAGAUAAAAUAA